AUGGGUCCCGGCGGCCCUCCAGCCGACCAACAGCACAACAAAGACAAGAAAGAACAGCAGGAGCAGAAAAAGAAAUGGGAACCGCCUCUCCCCACGCGUGUGGGUAAGAAGAAGAAGAAGCGUGGUCCCGACGCUUCCUCUAAGCUCCCCGCCGUCCACCCGACGACUCGCUGCCGCCUACGGCUGCUGAAGAUGGAGCGAAUUAAGGACUACCUUCUCUUGGAGGAGGAGUUUAUUGUGAAUCAGGAGCGCCUGAAGCCGGAGGCAGCCCGAGAGGAGAAGAACGAGGAGGACCGAACGAGGGUCGAUGACCUGCGCGGCAGCCCCAUGGCGGUUGGAACGUUGGAGGAGAUCAUCGACGACGACCACGCUAUCAUCAGCACAGCGUCAGGGCCGGAGUACUAUGUCUCCAUUAUGAGCUUUGUCGACAAGGACCUCCUCGAACCCGGUUGUCAGGUCUUGCUCCACCACAAGAACCAGGCGGUCAUUGGUGUACUGCAGGACGACACGGAUCCUAUGGUCAGCGUUAUGAAGCUGGACAAGGCACCGACGGAGAGCUAUGCGGAUGUUGGUGGCUUGGAGGCACAAAUACAGGAGAUUAAGGAAUCCGUUGAGCUGCCCCUUACACAUCCAGAGCUGUACGAAGAGAUGGGCAUCAAGCCGCCAAAGGGUGUAAUUCUGUACGGUGUGCCGGGUACCGGCAAGACGCUGCUCGCGAAAGCUGUCGCGAACCAGACGUCGGCAACCUUCCUGCGUGUUGUCGGCUCGGAGCUGAUUCAGAAGUACCUCGGAGAUGGACCAAAGUUGGUGCGAGAACUGUUCCGAGUUGCCGAGGAGCACGCACCAAGUAUAGUGUUCAUUGACGAGAUUGACGCUAUUGGCACGAAACGAUAUGACUCAACAUCCGGUGGAGAGCGAGAAAUCCAACGAACGAUGUUGGAACUGCUGAACCAGUUGGACGGCUUCGAUACGCGUGGAGAUGUGAAGGUCAUCAUGGCCACCAACAAGAUCGAAUCGCUCGAUCCUGCCCUCAUUCGACCAGGUCGUAUUGACCGGAAGAUCGAGUUCCCGCUACCUGACAUCAAGACGAAGCGGCAUAUCUUCAAACUGCACACAUCACGGAUGAAUCUCUCCGAGGAUGUCGAUCUUGAGGAUUUCAUCACGGCCAAGGACGACCUAUCCGGUGCCGACAUUAAAGCAGUGUGCACAGAGGCCGGGUUGCUUGCUCUCCGAGAACGGCGGAUGCGGGUCACCAAGGCCGAUAUCACGGCUGCGAGGGAGAAGGUGUUGUACCGGAAGAACGAGGGUACUCCGGAGGGCCUUUACCUGUGA